CUAUCGGAGCCGGCAGAGCGUCCACCCUGCAGACCAGGGGGCUUAGUGCAGCCUCGAGGCAGUCCCCGGGAGGACGUGGCCAGGCUGGAUGGACUUUCCUGAGCCCGAGCCCCAUCCCUGGAAUUCUGCAGCUGGGAUCUGACGCUGAGACCUUGCAGCAACAGAGACAGCAAGGCUGCUGCCAGGAGGACCGGGGGACUCAGACGUGCUCCAUGGUGACGGCCAUGUCAGUGAGAGUGCGGUUCCUGAGCCCCGGGGACGCGGGGGCUGUGGGGGCCGUGGGCCGCAGCGCCUCCUUCGCGGGCUUCAGCAGCGCACAGAGCCGCAGGAUCGCGAAGUCCCUCAGCAGGAACUCAGUGAGGUCACGAACCCCCGCCAAGCCCCCCAGGACCUACGGCACGCUGCGCAAGGGGUCGGCCUGCCUGGACCCCCAGCCCCAGCAGGUGAAGAGGAUCUUUGAAGCGCUGAAGAGGGGUCUCAGGCAGCACCUGUGCGCGCAGCAGGCCGAGCUGGACCACCUGUGUGGACGCCACGCCGACGCCCGCAGGAACUCCAGGCUGGCCUUCUACUACGACCUGGACAAGCAAACGCGCUGCGUGGAGAGGCACAUCCGGAAGAUGGAGUUCCACAUCAGCAAGGUGGAGGAGCUCUACGAGGGCUACUGUGUCCAGUGCCGCCUGCGUGACGGGGCUGCCAACAUGCAGCGCGCCUUCGCCAGGUGCCCGCCCAGCCGCGCCUCCCGCGAGAGCCUGCAGGAGCUGGGCCGCAGCCUGCACGAGUGCGCCGAGGUGGGCGGAGCGCUCUGGCUGCAGGGACAGUGGCGUCCCCUGGGGUGGGUGUGGCUGGGCGAGUGGCUGAGCUCCCACGGGGCUUUUCAGGACAUGUGGCUCAUCGAGGGGGCGCUGGAGGUUCACCUGGGCGAGUUCCACGUCAGGAUGAAAGGCCUGGUGGGCUACGCGCGCCUCUGCCCAGGAGACCACUAUGAGGUGCUUAUCCGCCUGGGCGGCCAGCGCUGGAGGCUGAAGGGCUGGAUCGAGCCAGACGACAGCCAGACGUGGGACCAGGAGGAGAAGGCCUUUGUCCCCACCCUGCACGAGAACUUGGAGAUCAAGGUGACAGAGCUGCGCGGCCUGAGCUCGCUGGUGGUGGGCUCCGUGACCUGCGACAUCGCAGACUUCUUCACGACGCAGCCGCAGAUGGUGGUGGUGGACAUCACAGAGCUGGGCACCAUCAAGCUGCAGCUGGAGGUGCUGUGGAACCCAUUUGACUCUGAGAGCCUCCUGGUGUCACCCAGCCCCACAGGGAAGUUUUCCCUGGGCAGCAGGAAGGGCUCCUUGUACAGCUGGACACCCCCAAGCACCCCCAGCUUCCGGGAGAGGUACUACCUGUCUGUCCUGCAGCAGCCAGCCCAGCCGGCGUUGCUGCUGGGCAGGCCGAGGGCCCCCUCCAUCCUCAGCUACCUGUCCGAGAGUGACCUCCAGGGCCCCAGCCUGCGAAGCCGGAGCCAGGAGCUGCCAGAGAUGGACUCCUUCAGCUCCGAGGAGCCCCGGGACGCCUCUACCCCGGAUGUGGGGCCCCUGCCCUGGGCCGUUGACCCUGCCGCCGCCACUGAAGAGGAGGCCCCAAAGGGCCCCCCGCCCUUGGGCCUGCUGCCGGAGGUGGCCCACCUGGCGGGGGCCUCGCCUGUGGAGCAGCCUGGCUGCAGGAACCUGGGAGCAGAGAGCCCCAACCCGCCCCAGGGCCCCCUGUCCCACAGCUGCACGCUCCCGAGCAGCCGGGAGGACCAGGAUGAAGGAGAAGCUGGGGCCGCAGUGGACGGGCCUGCCAUGGCCCCCGAGAGGCCCCUGCAGGAGGUCCUGGAGUUACUGAGGUCCACGGGCCCUGCCCAGCCCCAGCUCCGGGAGCUCGAGUACCAGGUCCUCGGCUUCAGGGACCGGCUGAAGCCCCGCGGGGCCCGGCAGGAGGAGGCCGCGGCCGAGAGCCUGAUGGACUGCAUCCUGGAGAGCUUCGCCUUCCUCCAUGCCGACCUUGCUCCCGACCAGCUGUCCCUGUUCGGGGACUCCCAGGGUCUGCGGAAAGACCGGCCCCCGCCGUCCCCACUGAAGGGGUCCUCCAGGGAGCUCACAGCUGGUGCCCGGGAGCUGGACGUGCUGCUCACGGUCCACCUGAAAGUCUGCAAAGCCCUGCUGCAGAGACUGGCCUUCCCCAAUCUGCCGAGGAUGGUGCAGGACUGCCUCCUGGAGGAAGCAGCCCAGCAAAAGCAGAUUCUGGAGACGCUUUCUGACCUUGAUUUUGACAAGGUCAGCAACGCGACAUCCAUUGAGGAUGUCAUUCCGCAGGCCUCCCACGGGAAGGGCUGCCUGGCGCUGUGGCACGGGUGCACCGGGCCCGGCAGCAUCCUGUCCUGCCCCGCCACGACGCUCCUGGGCCAGCUCAAGAGGACCUUCCUGCACAGAGUCCGAGGGAAAUACCCAGGACAGCUGGACAUAGUGUGCCGCAGGCUCCUGGAACAGGUGGUCAGCUGCAGAGGGUUGCUCCCCGAGGCUGGGCUCCUGGAGCGACAGACUGUCACCUGGUUCCAGUUUCACAGCUACCUGCAGAGACAGAGCGUCUCUGACCUGGAGAAGCACUUUGCCCAGCUCACCAAGGAAGUCACGCUCACCCAGGAACUGCACUGCGCAGGGCGGCUCAGGACCGUCAGGAAGCUGCGGGGAAAGCAGCUGGGCCUGCUCCAGCCGCUGCCCCAGACCUUGAGAGCCUGGGCGCUGCUGCAGCUGGACGGGCCCCCACGGGUGUGCAAGGCGGCCAGAGCUCGCCUGGCCAGCGCAGCCAAGAACAGGAGCUUCCGGGAAAAGGCUUUGCUCUUCUACACCGACGCCCUGACCCAGACUGACGCCAGGCUCCAGCAGGCUGCGUGCAUGGCCCUCCAGCAGCUCAGGGGCAUCGAAAGCAUCGAUCAGAUUGCCAGCCUGUGCCAGUCUGACCUUGAGGCCGUGCGGGCUGCAGCCCGGGAAGCCACACUGUCAUUCGGUAAAGUGGCAUCAGAGGUCACAUGUGGCAUGAUGGGGUUCCCAAGGUUCUUGGUGAAGUCGUGCAAGCGGUGCCAGCCCCAGCUCUCAGAGCAGAACAGCACCUGGGAGGGCACAUCAUGGGCCUGUCACUGCCCGGGUGCAGGGCCACCUCCAACUUACCAGCGUCCUGCCUGAGGCAGGAGCCCCUCCUGGUGGAGGUGGAGAGACGCGUUUUAUUGUCCUCUUAAACUCUGUAUGAUUCUUGGUGAGCGAGAGCCAGAGGCAAGGCAGGGCUGCAGCCUGGCCAACUGUCCCAGAGACUGGCUGACUCGGGGACAAGGCUCAGUCCAGCAGGUCACCAGGUUGAGAGGUCCCCAAGCACUCCUGCCCCUGUGUAGGACCCACGUGGCUUGGAAGAGAGGGUCACGGAGGCAGGAGACAGCCGAUGACAGUCACCCUCUAUUUCAGGUGAAAAAGGACGCUUAGCUUUCGAAAAGAUGGACAAACUUCGCUUAGAACAAAGAGACGGCUUUGGCCAGGAAGCAGAAGUUGAAAUUACAGUAUUUUAAAAAGCCUCAGCUGAGGAGCUCACAUCUGGAAUUUUGCCCCCUGUUGCUACGCAGCCCGACACAGUGCCUGAGCUUUGCAGGGGGCAUACUGGGUGCCCCCCACGAAUGUGAGCUGGUCCAAGUGGCUGCUGAGCCUCGGACUACUGCAAACCCUGGGGCCCAAGUGGCGCUUUUACAGAAGCAGAAGCCGCUGGUGUGCUGUGCGGCCAGGGCUGCGGCCUCAACCGCACACUCCGCUUCUGCCUUUGAGAAUCUGACCCGCCCCAGGAUACAGAAGCAGGUGGCCAUGGACAAAGGUGCCAAGGCCAGGCCAGGCGAGGUUCUGCCUGGAGGACUCCAGGUAGACACGUGUGUGGAACGUGCAGCUUCCUACGUGUCCGCUGGCUCGGUGCUCCUGGCUCAGAAAAUCCCGGGGCUGAGGGGCCGGGGGUGAGCCAGGUGGCUGACCAUGCUACCAAAGCCUGUGGUGGCUCAAGUCAUUUCAACAGCAGCUCGCGUCACCUUGGUGAGCAGGGCAGGUGGGAGGCUUGAGGCCAGCACCUCUUCGCCACUCUCAACCCGACGUGCGGAGCCGACAGCGGCUGGCCGGCCACGCCUGGUUUUCACCACGUCCAACAGCACAAAGGAGGGCAGACAAGACCUGGCCACGGAGCCUGGGGCGUCACGAGCUUUGGUCACACAGGUCAAAAUGGAAUCCAACGUUUGAAGCAAGUCGACCUGAGGCCUAUUAAAUAAAUGGCUCCAGCAGCCACAGCUGGUGUGGAAGGACCCCGGCAAGGGCUGCUUUAAGAGGGAAAAGUAGCCCCCCCCCCCGACUCUGUUAAAAACACACAAAACCCCGUGUCCUGAGAUGUGUGUCAACCAUGUGGUGAACUGUGGGGUGUGACUGUCCUGUCAGCGCGGCACGGACAGCUUUGGAAUGUUCUCAUUUAAAAUUCCUGGAUAGAUAUUGUGCUUUAUUUUUUAUUUUAUUUAAGUCAGUAUUUAUUUGCUUUGUUCAUGUGCUCCAUUUUUUGAAAUUUCAAUUAAAAAGAAAAACUGUUUUAAUGGCUA